UUGUAAAUUGUAACCGCUGCCGCGUACCGACAACAUUUUAUUUAGCAAAGUGCUAAAAGAAAAACGUCAAUCGUUAAUUAAUAUUUUUUAGUUGAGUGGACCACGCGUUAAAUAUAUGUCCACAUUGUAUAUGGGCAGUUAAACGUUGCUGAAGCUUCGUCGUGUGCACGUCGUCUCCCUUUUUAUAUCCGUUUAAGCCAAAUUUGGCAAAAAGAAAAAAGGAAAGGUCGUGCAGGACCCUAAAUUUGCUAUGCAAAUGUGCGCGUUGAAUAACUACAUUUAAUUAGAUUCGCAAAAAAAAUUUAAAUAAAAAUAAUAAUAAAUAAAUAUAUAAAUAAAAUAAAUAAUUAAAGUCAUAACAAUGGCAGAUCGUUUUCAAAUCUUAAAGGUUAACGGCAAUGCCAGUGUGAAUGGCGGUUUCGACGAGGAACCCGGUUGCACGAACAACAACAGCAGUGCAGCAAAUGCCGAGCUCAAUUCAAAUGGACCCGCGACAAUUGGCGCGGAUGAGAAUCACCUGCAGCCAAAGGCUGUGGAGGGCUCCGAGAGUCGCCGCACAUCUCGUUUAUCCUUCCGCGGCUUUGGCCAAUUCCUGCGCAAAUCGGAUACCGAGCGGAAGUUUAGCUUGGCGCAGUUAACAAAGGAAACACUUCCGCGCCUGGACAACUAUCGCAUAUCAAUGCGCAAUUUGAAACGGCCCUCAAUCGGCGAACUUCAAGGCGAGGCAGCUGAUCAGAGCAUAACCAUACCAGAUGCGGCAGAGCCAGAGCCAACUGGCGGUCAUAUUAAGCUCGGAUGGAUAGUCGGCGUGCUCAUACCAUGUCUACUCAACAUUUGGGGCGUCAUGCUCUUCCUGCGCCUCAGUUGGGUCGUCGCCGAGGCCGGCAUUAUACUUUCAUUAGCUAUAAUCGCCGUUGCUACCGUGGUCUGUGUUAUAACCACACUAUCCCUGUCCGCGAUUAGCACGAACGGUGAGGUGAAGGGCGGUGGCGUCUACUUCAUCAUUUCCCGCUCACUUGGCCCCGAAUUUGGUGCAUCCGUUGGAGUGGUUUUUGCAUUUGCCAACGCAGUUUCAGCAUCAAUGAACACAAUUGGUUUCUGCGAAUCGCUGAAUGUGCUGCUGAAGAACAACGGUCUUAUUAUCGUUGACAACGGCAUCAAUGAUAUACGCAUUGUGGGCUCCGUAACGCUCCUGGUCCUGAUACUGAUCUGUUGCGUCGGCAUGGAAUGGGAGACCAAGGCGCAGAAUUUUCUCAUUGUCACCAUUGUCCUGGCCAUAGUCAAUUUUAUAAUUGGUGCUGCGAUUGGACCGCGAGGAAAUGUGAACCUAAUAUCCAAGGGAUUUGUGGGCUUCUCCUGGUCCACAUUUAAGGAGAACUUUGGCUCGGACUUUCGUUAUGCGGAGGGCGUCAAUCACGACAUCUUCAGUGUGUUUGCCAUCUUCUUUCCGAGUGUGACGGGCAUUCAGGCGGGCGCCAAUAUCUGUGGCGAUCUGAAGGAUGCCGGCGCAGCGAUACCGAAGGGUACAUUUUGGGCACUGCUCCUUUCGAUGACAUCCUAUGCAUUCUUUGUGCUGUUCGCUGGCGGCGCUGCUGCUCGCGAUGCAUCCGGCUUGCCGCAGGAUCUGAUUAAUGGCACCCUUGUGACGUCAGAGCUGCCCUGCAUGAAGGACCACAGCUGCCCCUGGGGUCUGUUCAACUCCUACGAGAUGAUGCAGCUGAUGUCACUCUGGGGACCGCUCAUCUAUGCUGGCUGCUUUGCAGCAACGCUCAGCACGGCGCUUACGAAUCUGUUGUCUGUGCCGCGCCUAGUUCAAGCUCUCGGCAUUGAUCAGAUCUAUCCGGGUCUGAUAUUCUUCUCGAAGCCGUAUGGCAAGCAUGGCGAACCCUAUCGCGGCUAUGUGCUCACAUUCUUUAUAUCGGCGAGCUUCCUGCUGAUUGGCCAACUGAAUCUGAUUGCACCGCUCAUCUCCACAUUCUAUCUGGCCUCCUAUGCUCUGAUCAACUUUUGCACAUUCCAUGCGGCGUUCGUCAGACCCCUCGGAUGGAGGCCCACCUUCAAGUACUACAAUGCCUGGAUCAGUCUGUUCGGCUUUGCCAUGUGCGUGGGAAUCAUGUUCCUUAUCAAUUAUGUGGCAGCGAUUAUCACCUUUGGCAUCAUCUUUGCCCUCUAUCUAGUGGUCAUGUACCGAAAACCGGAUGCCAAUUGGGGAUCCACGACACAGGCGCAACAAUACAAGGCCGCCCUUAUGGCUGUCCAUCGGUUGCAAAACGUCUCGGAUCACGUCAAGAACUAUCAUCCCCAGGUGCUGGUUCUCGCCGGAGAUCCAAAGACUCGCCCGCCUCUCAUCGACUUUGGCUAUAUGCUCACCAAGAACAACUCGCUUAUGUUUGUUGGCAAUAUUAUUCCGGUACGCGUUGGCUACAAGAAUCGCCAGACUCUGAUGAAGGAUGGCCAGAAAUAUUUGGAUGCUCGCAAAAUCAAAGCAUUCUACAACGUGAUCGAUGGCUUUAGCAUAGAGGAUGGCAUAAAUGCACUGAUCAAGUCCACGGGAUUUGGAAAAAUGUCACCCAACAUUGUGCUAGUGGGCUAUAAGGCCGACUGGAAUCGCUGCCAGAAGGAGGAGGUGGAGAGCUACUUUGCCAUAUUGCAUAACGCCUUCUCGCAGCGCAUGGGAGUGGCAUUGUUACGCCUGCCCAAUGGGCUGGACUUCUCCGAACUGACGCCCGAAGUGACAAUGCCAGCCAACAAUUUGGGCCACAUGCACACGGCGAAUGCACAAGGAUUUACCAACGAACUGAUUCCAGCAGCGACAGCUGCCUCCGAUCUGCUGCACAUCGAUUCGAAUCUGAAUCUGGCAGGUAUGGACAAUCCCAGUCCCAAUUCCACCUACACCAUGCCACAGCCGGCGCCCAUGCCGAACAUGCAGCACAACUCGCACAGCUACAAGGUGAACAAUAGUGAUGGUGACGUCACUUACCUAACCAAAGGUGGCUCCGAGGUGCCAAAGACUGUUCUGGAUGCCAUGACGGUAUUUACACGCAAGCAGCCCAAGGGCACCAUCGAUGUUUUCUGGCUGUACGAUGAUGGUGGCCUUACUAUUCUGUUGCCCUAUAUCAUCUCAAUGCGCUCGCAUUGGCAGAAUUCGAAGCUGCGCAUCUUUACCAUGUGUCAUGGCAAGGACGAGGAGCAGGAGGAGAAGAGCAUGGCUAGUCUGCUGACCAAAUUCCGUAUCAAAUACUCAGAGCUGAUUAUGCUCAAGGGCGUCUCCGAGCAGCCGCGUCCAGACACAAUGCUGAGGCACAAACACCUCAUCGAGCCCUUCCGUCGCAGUGCACACAACGAGUUCGGCAUCACCGACGAAGAACUGUUCGGAAUGGCUGAGAAGACAGCGCGCCAGUUGCGCAUCCAUGAGCUGGUCGUCAUGCAUUCAUUGGACGCAUCUCUGGUGGUUAUGUCGCUGCCAAUGCCGCGCAAGGAGGCAAUUUCAGCACCACUUUAUAUGUCAUGGCUGGAAAUGCUGACGUCAGACAUCAAGUGUCCAGUGGCACUGGCGCGUGGCAAUCAGACACCGGUGCUAACACUUUACUCUUAAGGCCAAGCCAACAUUUUCCAGUUCGAGUACAAUUUAGUAUUAUUAGCGUUUAGGCGUUCAAGUUCCGUGUAUAAAAACACAUUUUUUUACAAAAAUAGAAGCAAACAACAGAAAAAAAUCAAAUUCCCCAAACAACUUGAUAGUCCCUAGAACGUACGUUUAUAGCCAUAGCUUAUAAGUUGAUUACGAACUAUACUGGUUAUGAAUACUAUUCUAAAUUAAUUCAAUAAUAAUAAAAACAAUUAUGCGAUUUGUGGUAUUUCUAAGCCAGUUAACGAA